GCCAGUCACGUGGUUUUGACUAGGGUAAUUGAGAACGCGGCUUGAAAUGUGUAGUAUUCAUCAUAGUAGGUAGCUUGUGUGCUUUCUGUUAGGGCAAACAAGCGUGUUUACCCUUAUGGAUUAUAAUACACAGUAUCCAGGUUAGGGAUUACAUACACAGCAAGGAUGUCAGCGGCUCCAACAGCGGAGAACACGAUGUUACGACAUGCUUCCGACAGGACCGCUUGACUCGUUGAAAAUCGUGUAUUAAUCGAGGAACUAUAAAAGACACCACUCUAGUAAACCUAUGACUAUAAAGUGUUAUAUUACUGUGUUUAUGUGUGUUUUUAAUGCCAUUAAUAGAAGACACGAAGGGAAGGGAAGACAAAUCGUGGCAUGAUCAAGUAUGGAAACGGCCAAUAAUAUACUGGCUCAUCCCAGCCUGUCGUUCUAUCCAGGCCUACCGACUAGUGCAUCCUCUCCAACUGCUCAAGACACAGUCACACGGUCAGCUCUCUCUUCGGCACAGCCAAGCUGGGGAAGCUACACCAACGAAGCAUCACUGAUGGCCCACAAUUCGUGUGCCAUGUCUUCCUACAGUAACCUCCCCUUAGGGGCCUCAUUUCCAGUGAAUGGCAAGUCAGCCUAUAACUCGGCCUUUCCAGGGGCUGGGGACUAUUUUAAUAACUGUCGCCAAAUGCAGAUCUCACAAUUAGGGACCUUAAACAGUAUGCCAAUGAGGAACUAUCCGGGUUUAUAUGGCGAUAUGUAUAAUGCCAGUCAUACACCUUCUUACACAAAUGGUGGUUUUUAUACCGAUGUGGGCCCCGGGUUAGCUCCCUUACCAGGCAGAGAUAUGAACUGUUCCAGUAGUCAGUCAGACAGCUCAGUACCAGAAACAAAGGGCAGAAAAAAGAGAAAGCCGUAUACACGUUACCAGACAAUGGUCCUGGAAAAUGAAUUUUUAAGCAGCUCAUACAUAACUCGUCAAAAACGGUGGGAGAUAUCGUGUAAACUUCAAUUAUCAGAGAGACAAGUUAAAGUGUGGUUUCAAAAUCGACGAAUGAAACGAAAGAAAUUAACUGAGAGAACUAAAGCGCGGGUUGGUGACGAUGAUAGUAAAGACUCUUGUAUCCAGCCUAAAUCUGAACCUCACAUUAGACAGUGUACGGCAGUAGAUGUUUAACUCUUAAUUCCCUUUUAAUGCUCACUUCCGGUUUAAAGUAACGCUCAUUUCAGUGUCGCAGAAAAAUGAAAUUGUGUCUGUGAUUGGAUGAAGUUGUUGUUUUUUGAUAUUAAAUGCCAAACAACAUAAGACUAGGCUGAAGCCGGGCGUUGGUGGGUCAAGCUUUGGUCAUGCCAGACAGUGAAGGGAGGUUGUUAAUUAUGAACACAUUGGGCGGAUCCGAGAGAGGCGUUCAAAGGAUCAGUAAUGCGCCACCAACAGUGGUCGUGUUAAGGACAAUAGUAUAUUUCCUUCAUAAACACAAAACUUCGUUUCGUCUCAUAAACUGUACACAAAAAUAGAUAAACUGGUCUUGCGUGUCGUCCAUAUAAUAUCCAGUUAAAUUUUCAGAACUGCAGCCAAGCGAACAAACACGCAUUGACACAAAACUGAAUUGUGAUUGUCGUAAAUAGACUAUGGCCGCAUCAAUGUAUUUGUGGUUGUCGUCAAAGGAAUACUUCUUCAGCAUGAUGACUUCAAAUGAUAGAAGAAUGCAUAAAUUGAAUGUUUGACGAAUGAAUGAAUGGGAGAGAGAAUGAGAAAGUGUUAAUUAUGAAUGGACCUGCACUUAUAGUAUUGUCAUUGUGUAUUUUAUCUGUUAUCUCCGAAAAUUAAUUGUAUACAUUUUACGGCCCAACGCAAUGAGGAAUCGUCAAAAUAGUAAAGAUAAAUAAGGACAAUAUUCUCUUGAAAGAGGAUUUAGAAAUGCCGAACUCUUGCCACUGAAGUUUUGAUGUCAUUUUAUUGUCAUUUCUUUUUUAGGUAAAAGAUAAUAGCUUGUUAUUUGUUUUCCUAUUAAGUGCUGUUCUUAUAUGUUCAAACGUUUCGGUCUUUGUAGUUACAACUUUCUUGUGUUGAUUUUUACCAAUAUCAGUGCUAUGUUACAAAAUACGUGUUACUGUAUAUUUCUUUUUUGUUAAGGAGAAAAAUGCGAUAAUCCUGAUGAUCUGAAACAGUCGAAAAAUUUAGGAAACAGUCGUCUCCAUGAAAACCAUUAGUAAAAGUAACAAUAUGGCGUAGGUGAUUAUAAGAAUAUAAUUGUUGUAUUAUGUCGUAGAAUAAGUAUAAUGUUUAUAAUGUUUAUCAAAGGUACAUUUUGUAUUUGAUGUCAACCAUUUUUCUCCAGUGCUAGAAGUAGUUGUACUUAAUUGUCUGACUCCGGUGUGAAUUAUUAUUAUAAAAAAAUAACAAUAAAGACGACACGACCGUUGAGGCAAACUUGAUUAGUUUCAUCAAUAAGUUGAUAUUACUGCAAGAUUAAACUUAAAAAAAGAUUGAAUAUUUCUUUUCAUUUCUUGUUAUUUAUAUAAUUUUAGCAACUUGUAUAAAAUAUGUUCUGUUUUUUUCAAAAUAAUUCUCAAGUUCAGUUAUUUGGGGGAUUUUCCGUAGUUAAUAUUUAGAUACCGAUUUAAUUAAAUAAAAUUUACUAAGACAGGUUAAGUUCCGAUAAAAGUGAAUCUAUUUGAAUAGCCUGAGUGUUUAUAACACUGCUCUGUUGUAUGUAAAUAUUAAGGCAUCUUUCAAAACGCAUCAACAUUUAUUGUCGUUCAUUUAAAACUAGAAUUAUUUAUUGUGUUAAAAGGAAAGUAAUGAACCAAUGAAAUAUAUUUUAGAAUAAUUUAUGUGGCUAGUUGCAGAUUAAGAUAUUCUGUUGAAUCAAAGCGGGUCCUAAUGAUUGAUUAAUAUGAAUAUUUUGUUAAAAUAUUUAUUGUCUUUAUCGAUUCAAAAAGAAUCUCAACUUAAAAGUCGGCUUAAAAAUACAUAACCAUUUGUAAAUAAUUCAAAAUAAACCACAUAAUAUUUUAUAUGAAAAGCAACAAAAUUAUAAAUUUGCAUCUUUCUCUUUGAUAUUUUUUUUGUAUUUUUGUUGCCACAAGUAAAAUACCAUUUGCAACAUUUUAAGUCGGCUCAAGGUUUAAUACUUUUUAGGAGACUGGUUCUGAUUAGCUUGAUCUAUAUAAUAUUAUAAUCUUCGCUUUUAGGAAAAUUUGCCUGCGUUGGAUACAAUUAAUACUAAUAUAAUAAAAAAUAUGGGCUAUAUGAAUUGUUUAAAAGUCGCUGAUCGUCAUUUAGCUUUCUUUUAUAGAAAUAUAAAAUAUACCGAAAAGGAUUAUUGGAUAUUUAAUUAAGACAAUAAAAUCAAAAUAUCAACGGUAGAUAAUGUUCCGGCUUGGAUACCGAAUUUAUUGUUUCUUUGUUCACAUGGAACUGGACUAUUUUAGGCCCAACUUUAACAAUAUUGCAAAGGAUUAACUGACGAUCGGAGACUUUAAAUAAGAAGUAAUUAAACGUACACUGCUUUAAUUCUGGAGGUUGCUUGGGUAAAAAAAACCCCACAGUGUCAUUACUCCCACAAAAUACGGGUUACAACAAAACCCUGUUAAAGAUACUAUCGGUACGUUUCAAAUGAACACAUAGCUUUAUACUAUACUUAGAUUAUUUUAUUAUCUGAUGUAUUACUGAAUGACGAGCUUUUAUAUGAAAAAUUCAUAUUCAAGGUUUUCUACAUAUCCGUAAGUUUGAGAAAGUUAUCAAAUAGAGCAUCUUUAAAUAUUUGAAUUUUGAUAACAGGCUUACGUGCAGAUGUCACGUAUAGUAAGAAAUGAACCAAUUUUGGGGGUUGUGGUUUUUAAUUUAACUUUUUACAAGGUUCACUAUAUGAUUAAUGAAGAUCAUAAUAUUAUAUCGAUACAAAGGUAAAAUAUGUUUUCUUUUUUUAACAAAAAUAUUAAUUAAAUAAGUUUUUGAUUUGCAUGUUGAUCACACAUCGAUAUCAUUAUUAUUGUACAAAUAUGUGCCGAGUUUUUAUUUGUCAAGUCAUCUCAUUUUAAAGGUAUUAAUUUAUCAGGAGAAUGAUAAAAUAUAAUAAAUGUGU